GCCCCAUAAACUUGAAAUGUUUAAUAUGCCUCAGUUUAUCUUUUAACACACCUAAAGGGAGGCGGCUAUGGGUGUGAUGGUUUGCUAUUGCCGGAGCUUUCAUUUUUCAAGAUAUACUAGAAGUCCCUGGUGCUGGUACCCACGGGAGCGAUGCUGGCCACCCUCGAGCCCAUGGGAGUCCACCCUUGGCCUCCUCUGGUCCCUGUGGGCUGGAAUCGGCAGCCAACCCUAGUGCUGGCCCCUGUGGAAAGGGACCUGAAGGAGCAAUCUGCAACCACCCCUGGUCCCUGUCUGUGUGUGUGUAUGGCGAGGGGAACCCGUAGUCAACCCUAGUCCCCGUGGGAGGGGACCUACGGUCACCCGUGGUCUCCAUGGGCAAGGACCUGAAAUCACCUCUGGUGCUAGUCCCCAUGGGCGCAGACCCACAGCCACGGCUGGUCCCCGCAGGAGCGGACCCGUGGCCACGCUUGGACCCCAUGGGGAACCAUCUCUUCUGGUUCCCAUGGGAGGGGACCCGAGGAACCACUGGUGCUGGUCCCGUGUGAGCGGACCCCCGACUCCUCUGGUCCUGGUCGCGUGCGAGCAGUCUCCCGCCCCCGACCCCCCACGCGCCCCGCACCUCCGGCACCGGAACCAGCCAGGGCGGGCGCGGCCUCGCAGCCGCGGGCGGGACUGACCGAGCGUCGCCCGCCGCCCCGGGGCUCGGUCUGCAUCCCGGCCUCCGCCCCCGGGCCUGGUCGGCGGCAGCGGCGGGGCGGUUGAUGGCAGGGCGGCGGCGGCAUGCGGCUCCUGUUUCUCGCCGUGCUCCGGCCGCACACGGGCAACGCCGUCACGGCCGAGCGCGUCCGGGACCAUCUGGAAGCUGCGGGUCACAUAUGUAUUCUGAAAGAUGCCUUUGACUUUGAAAGCCCAUCCGAAAUCGCAAACCUCAUCGCGGCUGAGAACGUCGAGGCCGCGCUCGCUCUUCAUCUCUACCGAGGAGGCCGACUUUUACAAGGUCAUGGAAUUCCUUUUGGGGUCAUCUUUGGUGGAACUGAUUUAAAUGAAGACGUGAACCAGGGAGAAAAAAACAAAGUGAUGGGGAAAGUCCUUGAAGAAGCCAGAUUUGCUGUCGCUUUCACAAAGUCAAUGGAGGAAAUGGCGCAAAGGCAGUGGCCGCAUGCUAAGGGUAAGAUCUAUGUCCAGAGUCAAGGAAUUGCAACAGUCCCGAACCCCGCCUUUGACUGGGAUGCCUUCCUUCAGCGCUCAGAGAUUAACCAAAGUGCUGAUAAUUUACACGUGUUUCUCCUGAUAUGCGGACUCAGACAAGUGAAAGACCCUCUCUAUGUGGUGGAUGUGUUCUCAGAAUGGCAUCAGGAAGAGCCCAACGUUUACCUGGUCAUUGUCGGCCCCGAGGUUGAUCCAGUGUUUACAAGGGAAGUAAAAGCUAAAGUAAGGAGGACCGCUGGGGUGCGCCUGAUCGGAGAGAUGCCUCAGGGGGAUCUCCACGCAGUGAUGAAGAGUUGCUUCGUGGUGGUGAACAGCUCCGUCUCUGAAGGCAUGUCAGCUGCCAUUCUGGAGGCCAUGGAUUUGGAGGUGCCGGUUUUGGCGAGGAACAUCCCUGGGAAUGCAGCCGUGGUAGAACACGGAGUUACGGGGUUACUCUUUUCAGAGCCUCAGGAGUUUGUCCAGCUGGCAAAGAGGCUGGUGAGGGACCCUGCGCUAGAAAAAGAAAUCGUGGCCAAUGGCAGGGAGUAUGUGAGGACCCACCACUCGUGGCAGGCGGAGAGAGACACCUAUCAACGCCUCGUCAGGAUGCUGGAGGGAAGCAGCGGGCACUGAGGGGAACUGCCCGGUGCCCGUCCCCAGCCAGUCUGCGUCCACCAUCAGAUGCACGGCCUGGGCGAAUCCCCAGAGCAGAGCUCUGGGCCAGCGGCUCCAGUCCACCACAAAUCGAGCCAGUUUCGUUGGAAUCGUAGAUCCCUCAGCUGUAAGGCAGAACCUCAUCUAAAGCACUGUGUGCUCCCAGAUAGCAUGCAGGUGUGUUUACGGGUCAGUCCUGACGGCAUGCAGAAGCUCCUGGGCUCAUUGGGGUGAGGUGGGUACCUGGUUGUAAGGAGAACUGGGGAGAGAAUUGGACUUGCUGCUCCAGGACUGUCUAUGGACAAUAGGGCCCCAUGUAAGCCAUCACAGAGCGGGCACCUCUCCCCCGUCUUCCAAAUGACCUAUAACCCAUCAUUGUUCAAAAAGCAAAAACAAAAACACACACCGACUGAAGGCAGUCCUGCCACAUUUAACAUGGUGCAGCCUCUACAGCAAAUCCGAGGCCCUGGCAGGCGUGCGGGGGCCCACAGGUUGCACGGGUCUGCUCUCUCCACACGAGACACAGCGCUGUGAGUGAGGCCACGGGGCACAUCUUACCCUCCAGUUACAGGACCCAAAGAUGGUGGGAGCUCUCUGGGAAAGCAGGCAGCCACCCCUGUGGGCUCCGCCCUCCUCCCCAUCUGAUGUGAGUUGAAAACUGGCUUGGAACAAGGGUCACAUCGCCCGUAGCCUGGAAGACACUCAGUGACCCGAGACGGAGCCUGGGUCUGUGGGUUCAGUGCAGGUGUCCCUUCCCUCCCAGCAUCAGGAGCCAGGACAGGUGUCUAAUGGGUCCAAGAUUCCAGCCCAUCAUAGGACUGGCACUCGGGGCCCGUGGGAUGUUCUCCAGCACACGGUGAGUUCAGCCCAGUGUAGCCGUCACUGGAAUGACGUCCUGGCCGCACCAGCACAGCAUCCCUGAGCACAGCUUUCUCCUCCGCUGGUUGCGCUGGCCCGUGUCGGAUCCUGAAGUCGCUGCAUCCUAGAGGACCUUCCGACAGUGAGUGGGAGUGAGUUGUUCCACGGCGUCAUGUGAGGGAAGCAGUGGGCAUGGACGGGGAGGAGAGCAGAGAGCCUCGGAGCCUGUUGGAGGAAGGGUUUUGUCAGUCUGUUUAGGUGCCACAACUCUGGAGGGAGGAGGGGCGACCAGCCUCGGGUUUGAGGGCUCCUUGCACUCUUUGCUUUCCAACCAUCGUACUCAAAAAUGUAGGCCAAAUCUACAUCCUGUUUUUAAAAGAACAAACCUCAAAUUAAACUUCUAAACUCUGAUGACUUCGGGAUGACAACAGCACGUUUAGAUUCUGUGCCAUGUAACAGGAUGUGUCAUUCUGCCACCUCGACCUCAGAACAGAGUCACUUUCCAGAAAGGCAGUUAACAGGGACAGCAGACGCUCCUCACUCCCAGCAUGCGAAGUUCUGCUGAACAGGCCCUCCUUUCGUUGGUGUGUCUCAGGGGCACUGGGUCAAGGCUCCCCUGUCUGCAGGGAGGGAGAAAUAGAGCCCCCACCCCCGGAGGAUGGCUCCGUCUGAAUCUGGAAUUAGCAAUGCCGCCCAAAGGAGGGGUCCAGUGUCAUCCCGGGUACGUCCACGGACGCUGCUACUUACAAAAUGCUGGUUGUCUGGAAGCCGACUCUGUUCCUUGUCGGAUGAUGUAGCUGGUUGAGUCCACUGUACCUCAACAUCAUUAAUUUAUGUCUUGAUAUAAACACGCACAUACCUAACACACUUUGGGGAAGGGCAUGUUGUUAAAUGAAUAAACUCUGUCACCAUCAGCUGUCCAAAAAUAGCCUCUG